ACACAGUCUACUGUAUAAAAGGUGUUUAAUCUGUCAAUCUGUCAAACCUUAUUUAUACUCAUCACCUGAGAGAUUUAAACUGAUGUAACGGCUCUCCUGAAAGAUUUACCAAUAACACAGUAUACCAAACAUCAAAUACAUUACUGACAAUGAGUAAAGAAUCGUGUACCGUAGGAAUAGGAAAAUUGAGGCAUGUUUCUUUGUCUUUCUUGCAAGAUGUUCUGCUAAACUUGUACAAUGUCAAGGUUAAAGUCGAGAGUUUGGAUAAACCAUUCAAAUCCAACAAAGAACUACCGACCAGACGCGCCAUAGAUAUGAAAUCGGCCAGCGAUGUCGUCUGCCUCAGACUUGAAAGAAUUUUUACCGAUAAAGAGGAAAGAAAAGAAUGCUUUGAAGGCAUUUGCUCCAAAAUCAUCGAAAGUAAAAGAGUCAAGGAUAUUAUUGAUCAACUAGAGAUGGUGGCAGAGUUAGCUUCAGAUACCGUGAAGGAAUGGCAAGUUGAAAAUGAACUUUUCGUAGGAAUAAUUCCUAACUAUUCUGGUGAUGCCAUCUUGUUUGAGGCAACUAUUGAUGAUGAAACAAACAAGCUACACCUCCACUGGGACAACGAAAAAUUAUUAUCAGACUUCCUGCCAGCCGUUUGUGGUCUAUCCCAAGCACUCCGUAACGAGUCAAGGCAACCGUCAUUAUUUGAGUAUCUGGCCUUUCAGAUUGCUUAUUAUAACAUUGCACAUGGUCACCAGGGAAGGCACACAACAGCUAGAUGUCUUGGAACUCCAGGCUUCCGACCAUACACCCAAACGUAUAUGUCUUUGACAGACCCAGGCGAUGGCCACGUGCUUGGUACUACACGUUUCAAUGACUGGAUGAAAGGUGCUAUUGUACACGUUGAACAUUUGGAACGACCACGUCAUUUACCAAGAGAAAAAAUCGAAUCAUAUCGCAUCCCGUCUAUAAUUGACUUUGCCAGAGUUCGCCUUCAUGUAGGACCAAACGCACCCACAACAUAUUUUGUUGGAAGAUGUGUAAAAGAUUCUGGUGAUUUCAAAGAAGACUUUCUGAAAAUAGUGAAUAUAACAGCAGCCUCUGCAACUGCUGCUUUUAACCAGGGUGCAGCCGAGUGCAAGGUGUCAAUGGAGGGUCUUUCGACGUCACAAGCAGUCAGAUAUAUGUUGGCACUCCGUGGUCAAGUCAUAAAAAAGAAAAGGCAAAGCUUGUCUGCAGCCUGGAAUCUCAAUCAAGUAAUUUUAGACGACUACGAACGAGAAAAUCCAGCUCAAUUAAAUCAAAGAAUGGAAAUCGGGACAAGAGCCAUAGAAAUUACUGUCAUCGGUGGAUUUGAUAAGAUCACGUGGGAUGGAGCAAGCGAUACCUACCCUUCUAAAUGUAUUAUGUAUCAGCUGACAUUUGAAGAGGCCCUAACAAUAGUACACGAAGCUCAUCUUCGUGGACUAGUCACAUAUUUCUCAGCAGGAUUUAAAUUCAACGAGAUUAAGCAUGCUGUUUAUGCUGGUGUAGAUGGUAUUGGAAUUGGUGGAGCACAGGUAUUGAGAUUCAUGGAUAGCGAAACCGGAAUGCAUGGUCCGUAUAUGGAAGAAAAUAUCCCAAGAAUAAUGGAAAGCCGAGAUGCAGCAGCAAACUCCUUCAGAGGAAAAGGAGUUAAACUUUUAGCUAGACUUGAUACUAUGUUUUACGAAGGGUCAAUCUCAGAGGAGCAAAAUUCUUCCAGACAAGAACUAUUUUCAGCACUUCUAAAUAUUAACCAGGGGAAAAUUGAUGAGCUCAUCAAUCGUCUUGAUGACGUCACAAAAAUGAAAAAUGAGGGAGAUGAACCGUUGAUCGGGAGGGCAAUGCGCCUGUAUGAAGCUGGAAAUCCUUUGCUGAAGAAAUACUUUGAAUCUGAAAGCGAAUGGCUGCAUUUUUUAAGCAUUUUGAAAAGUUAUGUCGCCGCAAAGGAUGUUGAUUCUAUCAGUGAAGAAUAUGACAGUGACCCGUGGUUGAAUGCUCGUAAACAUUACCGAUUAUGGCAAUGGAAUGCUACAAAGUGCAUUUGCCGUCAGACCUCAUUUGAGGUGCAUUGUAAAUCAUUCCAAUAGACAUCAUUAUAUAGAUUUCUUCUUUCGAGGAAGUGAAUUAAAAAAAAAACGUUUUAUAGCUGGUUUAAGUUUUUUUCAAAAGUAAUAAGUUAUCUAUUGCUUUUAACAAUGGUCUUUUUAUUACUGUUCAUCGUGUUUAUGUUUUUUUAUUUCUCAUCCACAUAUUUAUACUAACUCGAAGUUUGUGUCGCUUCUUGUUAAGUUUAACAUUUUGUCGUGGUGUGAUGCAUAAAUGUUCUGUUAUCCAUUGUUUUUACCAAGAGUCUUUCAACUUUACAUAAAUACGUCUUGUACAUAAUUUGUAAACUUAUUUUUUACCCAAGUCUUUCAUCAUAUUUUUGUUUGUUUUAUCAUCUUUAUGUCAUUAAACACACCUUUGUUUAUUAUAAUUUUUAUUUCAUUUAAGGCACCGACCAUUAAUCUUUUGUGUAUGAACUGUGUAUUUUAUAUGUAUGGUUUUAUAUGGAUAUCUCUUUUUUUUUUAAUAAUCUAGUAUAUGAUGAAUGAAUUUUAUAGAAAUAUAUAUGAAGCAGCAUUUCUUAUUCUUUUUUAUCCCUGUUCCAAAUAUGAUAAACGUAAUGGCAAUUUGAGAAAAGGCAUAAAAAAAGAGAGAAAAAAAAAGAACAACAAACAAACUUCGAUUUUUUUUUGUCAAUGUUUUAUUGUUUAUUUGUGUUAUUUAGUAAAAAUUAUAUUGUUUAGAUUUUAUAGUAAUAAAAUAUCAUAUUUCAUUUUUCUGUAAUAUGUGUAGAAUUAAAUUUAUACAUGU